AUGGCUCAACCAUUGCAGACCUCUCCUAAUCUCAAGGAGAUUCACGAUGUCCUCAUCGAUAUCGCCUUCGAAGCUGGCAAGGUAAUCACCAGCAGCCUGCCAACAAUCAAUUCGACGGACUCGAAGAAAAACAGCUCCGACCUCGUCACUGAAUAUGACAAGGCCGUAGAGAAUAUGGUCUCUACGAGACUGAAAGCCAAGUAUCCCGAUUACGACUUCCACGGCGAAGAAACCUACUCUCCCGCCCACCCCCUAACCAAUGCACCAACCUUCAUCGUCGACCCAAUCGACGGCACUACAAACUUCGUGCACGGCUUCCCCAGUUCCUGCAUCUCGCUGGGCUUCGCAAUUGGGCGCAAGCCCGUUGUCGGGGUCGUCUACAACGCUUUUACAUCCACACUGUACUCCGCUAUUAAGGGGCAGGGCGCUUUCCUCAAUCGCACUACACCUUUACCUUUGAAACAGGGCGAUAGGCUCGAAGCGUUGGAUGGCCUUGAUAAAGCCUUGAUUGGGCUGGAAUGGGGCAAUGAGCGCAGUGGGCCGAAUUGGGAUGUGAAGCUACAGACAUUCGCGAGCUUGGGGAAGACGCGUGAAGCUGGUGGGGCGAUGGUUCAUUCUAUCCGGUCUCUGGGCUCAGCGGCUCUGAAUAUCUGUGCUGUUGCGUCCGGGGUGCUGGAUUGUUAUUGGGAAGGGGGCUGUUGGGCUUGGGAUGUCUGUGCUGGAUGGAUCAUUUUGGAAGAGGCAGGKGGGAUUAUGGCGGGUGGAAAUAAGGGCGAUUGGACGCCGGCUAUUGAUGGGAGAGUGUACACGGCUGUUCGUCCGUCGCCCGAGGGUAAAGGGCAGAAGGAGCUGGUUGAGGAGCUUUGGAGCCAUGUACAUGAUCCACAACAACACAUGCCGCCCCGAUGCUGUACUCAGGCCCACAUCCCGAGCAAAUAUGUUGAACUUUUGUUCGAUCGCGAUUUCAGAAUCAAAUGGAACUCGAAAUACGAGGAAUACACGACAAAGGACAGAUAUUACUGUCCCUCUCAGCGGUGCGGGAAAUGGAUCAAAACAAGUAACAUCAUCAAAGACCACAAUGGGAAGCCCAAGUAUGGGAAAUGUUCUCACUGCAGGACAAAAGUAUGCUGUCUUUGUCGCGGCCGAUGGCAUGGCAGUCGGGGAGAGUGUCCCAAGGAUGAGAAUGUGCAGAGAUUAGAAGCAAUGGCCAAGGAAAAUGGCUGGCAGCGAUGCUACAAUUGCUCUUCGAUUGUGGAGUUGAAAGAUGGUUGUAACCACAUGACAUGCCGGUGCAAAGCCGAGUUCUGCAUGAGAUGUGCCAAAAAGUGGAAGACGUGUGAUUGUCCGUGGUUCAACUAUGAUACUGUCCCUGAUUAUGAGGAAGCGGUCGAAUUCGAUGAUGCGGCUAUCUGGUAUACUGACAACGACGACGAUGACGACGAAGAUGUCGAUGACUGGAUCCGACACGUGGUUGGUGAGCCGGCAUAUCGUCGGCAGGAGGAUUUUGCGCAGCAAUAUAUUCUGCAGCAGGUCCUUCGGUAUCGAAAUGAGUUUCACGAGAGAUUAGUGAGAGGCGUGCCACUGCAUCCAGAAUCGGAGCAGGCUCGGCAGAUACGAUUUGCGGCUCGUGUGCUACGUGGCUAA